AGAAACCCAAGUUUGGUGUUUUGUUAAGAGAGAGAGAGAGAGAGAGAAAAAAAAAAAAAAAAAAAGGUCGGUGUUUAUGUAGUGUCCUUUCCAACAUUUAGCCAAUUUACAGUGAGAGAGCAAAACGGAGAAAAAAGGGUAAAGAGAGAGAGCUAAUUAGCUAAGAGAGCGAAAAAACACAUACACAACAAAGAUGUUUGAUGGAGUGCCUGACCAGUUGCACCAAUUCAUAGCCUCCUCAAGAAGUACUACUACUUCCUCUCUUCCUCUACCUCUCUCUUCUUUCCCUCUUCAUGCUUCUCCUUCACCCAAUACUAUUACUUUCCCUCCCCUUGAUGCUUAUUCUAAUAAUCAUCAUCAUAACCAUCAUCAAGUCCCUCUGCAACCUCAUCAUCAAGUACUUUUGCAACCAUUGCACCACAACCCUCCUCCUCCUGCUCAGAAGAUUAAUCAUGAAGAGAAAGAAGGAAACAACUUGGUUAAUUCUUUUAAUUUGGAGAUUGAUGAUGAUACAGACAGAUCAUCAAUACCGGAACCGGUUGCUCCUCCUCCUCCCCCUCCAUGGAGCCAUGAUGAAGUUCUUGCACUGUUGAGGAUCAGAUCUACCAUGGAGAAUUGGUUCCCAGACUUCACUUGGGAACAUAUCUCAAGGAAGAUGGCAGAGCUUGGUUUCAAAAGGAGUGCUGAGAAAUGCAAGGAAAAAUUUGAAGAGGAAAGCAGAUACUUCAACAACAUUAAUUACAUAAAGAACUACAGGUUUCUCACUGAGCUUGAGGAACUCUAUCAUGGUCAUGAUCAUCCUCAUCAUCAUCAAAACCCUCAAGUUGUUGGUGCUGAAAAGAGCCAAAAGGCACAAGCAGUAGAUAAGCCAAGUGAAAGAAGAGAAGGAGAAGAAGAUAAAAGAGGUCAGAGUGUGGAGAAAGAAUCAGAGAAUAAUGAAGAGAAAAUGAUGAUGGAAGAAAGACUGAAGAGGAAGAAAAGAAAAAGACAUAAGAGUUUUGAGAUUUUCAAAGGUUUCUGUGAGGACAUUGUGAACAAGAUGAUGGCUCAGCAGGAAGAGAUGCAAAACAAGCUUCUUGAAGAUAUGGUGAAGAGGGAUGAAGAGAAAGUGGCAAAAGAAGAAGCUUGGAAGAAGCAAGAGAUACUGAGGAUGAAUAAGGAGCUUGAAAUUAUGGCUCAUGAACAAGCUCUUGCUGGUGAUAGACAAGCUACAAUAAUUGAGUUCUUGAAGAAAUUCACAUCCACUUCUUCUUCUUCUUCUGGUGGGGAAAUUCUUAAGAGUUUCAACCCAUUUAUUCCUCCAACUUCAUCUUCUUCAAUUCAACCACUACAAAACCCUAAUCCUACAUCUACUAGUACUGUUGGUAAUCGUCAUCAAAAUUCUAAUUCUUUAUCCCUUGUAGUACCCGAAAACCCUAGUUCAAAUCCUGCUACUCCAACCAUUCCAAAGCUACCCACUACUUCAUCUCCACUAGCUUCCAAAAACCCUAAUUCUUUCGACACCCAAAAGAAGCCAUUAACACCUACUUCAACAUCAUGUUCAAUACAGAAAGUCCCUCAAAACCCUAGUUCCAAUGAGAAAGAUGAUAUUGGGAAAAGAUGGCCAAGAGAUGAAGUACUGGCUUUGAUAAACCUAAGGUGCAGUCUGUACAAUAGCAAUGAAGAUAAAGAAGGAGUCAAAGCCCCGUUAUGGGAGAGAAUAUCCCAAGGAAUGCUGGAUUUGGGUUAUAAAAGAAGUGCCAAGAGAUGCAAAGAAAAAUGGGAGAACAUAAAUAAGUACUUCAGGAAAACCAAGGAUGUUAACAAGAAAAGGUCAAUUGAUUCUAGGACUUGUCCUUAUUUUCAUCAAUUAAGCACUUUGUAUAAUCAAGGAACCGUAAAUGCUGGACAUCCCACUCAAGUCCAGGAACAUUGCUCGGCCAAUUCGCCGGAAAGCCACUCUUCGGCUUUGCCGGAAACCACCGGCCGCGGUGGAAAUUCUUCUCUAGUAGGAAUAGUAGGGUCUUCUUUCACCGCUGAUUCUUGUUUGCAUGAUACCAAUCAAGGUGCGAGAAAUAUGGUGCAGGUUUCAGCAGCCUUUGAUUUUGAAUUCUAAAUUUUUUUUGUUUUUGGAUAUUUGAUUAAUCAUGUGCAUUUAUCGAUGAUAAUAAUAUCUAGCUGCUACUUUUUUGUGUGA